AUGACGAAAGGCCAGAGCUCAGAAAGCCAGGGAAAAUGGCUCCUGCCCAUACUGCUGCUGCUACUAUUCGCUGCUGGACAGGUCAGCACACAGGAACCGCCAGCGGCGCCGGGUGAGUUUGCUCCCCAUGUCACCGCCACUUGCAAGGCGGGCACGAUGAACAUCAAGGUCAAGAUGAGCUCCGGCUACACGGGCGCCGUCCAUGUCCGGGACUACCGCACGCCCGGCUGCAUGGCCAUGGGCGAUGGCAGCGACUCGGUGGCCUUCAGUCUGAAUCUCUGGGCCAAGCAGGGAGCCAGUGACUACUGCGGCAUCCUGGUCAGCAACGUGAGUGGAAGCAAUCGAACCGAGGAGCGUUCCAUUCAGCUGGCCGUGCGUGUGCACAAGACUCUGGAGCUGGCGGACGAUAAGUUUUAUGUGAUUACCUGUGGCAAAUCGGGCUUUGCGCGCGAUGACAAUGCCCAUGUGGUGCUCAAGUUCCUGGAGAAUGAUCAUCGGGUGCGUGAGACGGUCUAUGGCCACCAGUACAAGAUCCGAGCCGAGUUCUCCAAGCCAAACGAUACCUAUGGCCUGCGAGUGGGUAACUGCUUUGCCUUUGACAAGAAGAACAGGACCCAAAAGCUCACCGAUGAUAGCGGCUGCCCCUAUGACAAGAAUAUCAUCAGUCGCUUUGUGCCCACAGCAGAUGGACGAGCUGCCGAAGCGGUGCUUAACUCGAUGUUCAAGUUUCCCGAGGGAUCCGAGGUGCAUCUGCAGUGCGAUGUGAUUCAGUGCUAUGGUCGUUGCGUGGAGAUCGAUGACUGUAAUGAUGUAGCUUUGGCCGGAUUUGGCAAGGGCACCAAUGGACCCAGAAAAUUCGGUCCCAAUGAAGAGGGUUCCAGCCUGGCCGGAACCACGGUCUUUGUGCUCGAUCCCAACGAGGCCAGAUUGAUCUCGGGAAAUUGCGAGGAUGGCAUUCGACCCAGUUGGCUGCUGUGGCUGACCAUUACUUUGGGCGUUCUCUUCCUGAUCAUGCUGCUGAUGAACAUCUUCCUAUGCACCGCCAUGAGCUGCAGUUGUGCUAACACAGAGAUAAUCGAGAAGGAGCCAUCGAUCAUCGAGGAGUACGAUCCGUAUCGCAGUUGGCAUGGCAGUCAGUACGGUUCAAGGUAUUCGCUGCACGGCAGGGAUGCCCACAAGGGAUACACCAGCGGUGGCUCCACGAUACACUCAAAUAGGUCUGAUAGAUAUUAAGAUGCCUCUACAAAAAAACAAAAAUACGUAAAAAACAACACACACACACACACACACACACGACACACCUCUAUUCUACAACUCAAAAUGCAUCUAUUUUCUGGUAGCUGCGGAGCCACACACACAAUACAAAAGCAUGCCAACAAAGUAUCUUAUAUCUGCGUAUCUCUAUGUAUCGUAUAUAUAUAAAAAUCUCUGCCCAGCUGGACAACAACACAAUCGAUCACAAACAAACAGAAAAAUCAAAAAACAAAACCAUAGAAUGAACAACCAUUUCGUGCCUAGUAACUGAAACUGUAAUUAACCGAUAGUAACUUGCAUUUGUCUACCGGUAAUCACUAACUCUCUCCCUCCCACUAAACCUAUGCUACAGCGACUAUAAUUUCCAGCCUACCCAUACUUAAAUUAAAUUAAACAAAAAAUAGAAAACAAGAAAAGACAAUCGGAUGACUAACCGCCAAUUUGAAUGAGUUGCUAACCAAUCUGUCUUGACUCCCCACUAUCUGCAAUUUGAAAUUGUAUUGUAUUGUAUUAAAUCCAACCUUAUCCAACGUACUUCGAAGGUCGAUGCCAAUCGAUAACGAUAACGAUUAUGCCAUCGUGCAUUCGCGUCCAGGCUCUAGACAUUCCACGUUACACGGACAGCGCGCCCAUCGGGGACCGCCCAGUAAUAUUUGAAAAGAUCCCAAUAGGAACGAUAGGAACGCGACAAUAAUGAACGCUAAUUCUAUAAGUUAGUUUAAGUUAAUCAAGGGGUGUCAAAGAAAUAGCUGGAAAGUACAAAACAACCUGAAAAGGUGUCUAAAGUAUCUCUAGCCAUUUCUGUGACACCCCCACAUACCCAAAUGUAUGUCUCCCCUUUCCCCAUCUCUCGAACUUGAGUCUCAAAUGUACAUAACUAUGUGAAAAUUCUCGCCCUGCCCUGCAAAUUUUCCAAAUUUCUCCAGAACGAACGUUAGGGAUGAUGAAGCCGCUGUAAAAUACUAAACUAAACGUACUAAAGUUCUCUUUGCCUAAUUUUAAUUGAACCACUUAACAUAAGUCAUUAGUCUGUCAUAAGUGCGAACGAAUGUGUAUUAGUGAAAUGUUUCAACUACUUGUGUAACUUGUAAAAAUAAACAAAAGCAGGCCAACAAAAUUAAUUUAAAUUAAAAAAAGCUACAGUAUAGUCUAAAAUGUUAAGAAGCGAACAAUUUGGCAAAUGCAUUAA